UCUUGAACCCUAAGACAACUCUCGUUACACAAUUACACAAUCCCACACAAAAAACCCCCCAAAUCUGAAAUUCCUAAUUGCAUCUUGCUGCCAUGGGACAAGGAACUCCAGGUGGACUCAAUCGGCAACCCGGAGAUCGUAAGAACGAUGGCGACAAGAAGGAAAAGAAGUUUGAGCCGGCGGCGCCUCCUUCUCGCGUUGGCCGUAAGCAGCGCAAGCAGAAAGGUCCGGAGGCCGCCGCAAGGAUCCCGACGGUGACGCCGCUGACGAAGUGCAAGCUCCGGCUUCUGAAGCUAGAGCGGAUCAAGGACUAUCUUCUGAUGGAGGAGGAGUUCGUGGCCAAUCAGGAGAGACUGAAGCCGCAGGAGGAGAAGACGGAGGAGGAUCGAUCUAAGGUCGAUGACCUGAGAGGCUCGCCGAUGAGUGUCGGAAACUUGGAGGAGUUAAUUGAUGAGAACCACGCCAUUGUUUCUUCUUCAGUCGGGCCGGAGUAUUAUGUUGGGAUCUUGUCUUUUGUGGAUAAGGACCAGCUCGAGCCUGGAUGUGCGAUUCUUAUGCACAAUAAGGUCCUUUCUGUUGUUGGGCUGCUUCAAGAUGAAGUUGACCCCAUGGUAUCAGUGAUGAAGGUUGAGAAGGCUCCAUUGGAGUCAUAUGCUGAUAUUGGUGGCCUCGAUGCUCAGAUCCAGGAGAUCAAAGAGGCAGUUGAGCUUCCAUUAACGCACCCUGAAUUGUAUGAAGAUAUUGGUAUCAAACCACCCAAGGGUGUCAUACUCUAUGGAGAACCAGGAACUGGGAAAACUUUACUCGCAAAGUCAAGUAUUGCUUAUUACAUGAUUUGCUGUCUUCUAGUGAGUAGGUUCCGUGAAACGGCUGUGGCAAAUUCUACGUCGGCAACUUUCUUGCGUGUUGUUGGAAGUGAAUUAAUUCAGAAAUACCUGGGAGAUGGGCCGAAGUUGGUGAGAGAACUCUUUAGAGUCGCUGAUGAUCUCUCACCGUCUAUCGUAUUUAUUGAUGAAAUUGAUGCUGUGGGGACAAAAAGGUAUGAUGCCCAUUCGGGUGGUGAACGUGAAAUUCAGAGGACUAUGUUGGAGUUGCUUAAUCAGUUAGAUGGUUUUGAUUCUAGAGGAGAUGUGAAAGUAAUUCUUGCUACAAAUAAAAUCGAAAGUCUUGACCCUGCGCUCCUCCGGCCAGGUAGAAUAGAUAGAAAGAUUGAAUUUCCUCUGCCAGACAUCAAGACAAGGAGACGGAUUUUCCAGAUACACACAUCAAGGAUGACAUUGGCUGAUGAUGUCAACUUGGAAGAAUUUGUUAUGACAAAAGAUGAGUUUUCUGGAGCUGAUAUCAAGGCCAUAUGUACUGAAGCUGGCUUGCUUGCACUUAGAGAACGCCGCAUGAAGGUGACCCAUGCAGACUUCAAGAAGGCUAAAGACAAGGUCAUGUUCAAGAAGAAAGAAGGCGUUCCCGAGGGACUCUACAUGUGAUGAUCAAAUUGUUCUUUUUCUAUUGUUAACUUUGUUUAAUUUACUUAAUUAUACUCUUGAUGCUUUGAAAUUCAUUCAGGCAAUUAUCAUGGACCAAACAAAUGUUAUUUUGCAGCUUGAGGUUUGUGCUCAAAUUGGAGACUUGAGAGCAAAUUACGUUGUUUGGUAACUAAAUAAUAGUUUUAAUCUUAAUCACUAUUUUGGAUCAAAAUACCUAAUUUUGCAAAAACUGAGUGAGAGCUUUUUCAUAUAUGUGGAUUGAAUAUUCGAAAUUUGUACUUAAAUAAAAAAAUUAUAAUUUGUCCAAAAUUUUUAAAGAUCAUAUUUUUAAAUAAAUUAUAAUUUA